UUUUCGCUGCGUAGAAGACAUGGAAGACUGAGAUUGCCUGCAAAUCAUCGUUUUCCCAUAAUUUAGAUUCCAUACGUCAAUAAUUAAAAGUAUAUUAAGAUGCCGAAAUCAGAUAAAAAACCUCACCGACCAGGAGUACCUGUUGACAUGAGUUCAAGACAAGCAGCAGCCCCAUCAAUAUCAUCAAUGUCAAUGACAUCAUCAUGUCCUAUGAAAAAAGUUGUUCCCAGCCGAGAAGUAGAGGAUCUCGAUGACGUCAACACAUGCACUGCUGACGUUAUUCCGGGAAUGGUGGUCCCUUCCAGUUCCAGUAUUGAGGUUUUGUGUAACGACGUCAAGGUCCAAGGUUCCCAAAUCAUUGAGGAGGAGUUGUUUGAAGAGUCUGGGGACCCAUCAUACGGAAAGUCUGAUUUCAACCAAGACGUACCAAUGUCUUCAGUAGGAUAUGAGGUGGAAGUGAUGACAAGUCCAUUACCACUCGACCAGAUGAUGAGCCAACUGGAUCCAUUCUGGAGCUUUGAGAUAGAAGAUCAUGGCGGAGGUCAGCCGCUUUCUUCUGGUAACCAAUAUUAUGGUAAUGGUGAUAACUACAUUAACAGACCGUGCAAGAACCUGAAGGAUCAUCCGUUGGGCCUGCAGCAAGUAUGCCAAGAGGAUGCAUUUGAGUUGAACACAGGAAACAUUGCCGUCUUUGGAGAGAUAGUUGAGACUCUUGAAAAGGUCUGUCCCAGUAUGCUUGAUCAAGAAAUGGAGAUGAACCAAUACGAGGGAGUCGAAAAUUUUGUUGAAACAAACCAGCACUGCGAUGAAGGUUUUGAUUAUGAAAUGACUGAUCCAAAAGCUUCUGAUGCCAUUCCUACGCGGGUUGCUGGGAAAAAGAGACCACAUAAAGAUGAGGCCGAGUGUCGCAUUCCUUCGGUCGUCGGUGAAUUCGAUCCUUACGAGGAAGAUACAGAGGAGGCAGAGGAAGCUGUGGCUGCUCUUAUAGAAGCGAGCCCAUUCAAUAGGCAGGUCACAUUUCGCUGCAAAGGGAGAGCUGUUGCCAUCUCUUGCUCCCCAGAAACAACUGGGCACGAUUUGAAAAAAAUUGCAAAACUUCAUGGGGUUCUUGAGGAACUAGGUGUUUUCAAUGAUGUCAUGCUGAUGAGGCCAACAGGCGGAUAUGUUGGUGAUGCAGACCUGGUGUCUGCAAAUAUGGAGCUAAAUGUCAUUGAGCUGCCAAGCAUGCCGAAGAAACGCAAAGUUGACACAAGGACCAAGCGCCGCUAGUAAACAUGUACAUGUACAUGUAUUGACAACCGCUGUGGCUUGAAUUGAAAGAACUGAACCAAGGCUUUGGUGCUGGAUAGUGCAUAAUGAACUUGACAUUUGUCCACUUUGUAUACCACAUAAUCGUGCUCAUUUGUGGUUACUUGACCUGUUGGUAGUCCUGAAGGUACCAAAAUCAGAUAGUGUACCGUUGUUUGUAUUUAAGCCUUGUUUUGGGCACAGCGGUCCUUGGUGUCGCAACCAAAGACCGCUAGGUUUGAAUUUAAUGGCUGUUGGUCCUACGUUCUAGAGCUAGGGUAUGUCUCAAAUUACGUCCCAGUUACUGCCUUUUACCAAGUUGUCUUGAUUUCACAACCAUGGACCGCCAGCUCAUUAUUGUUUUAAAAUUCCUUCUAGACAAACUGACAGAUGUAACAGGAUUGAUUCACCCAUGAUAAACUCUUUUGGACUGUGUUUGCACUCAUUUGGAGUUAUUAACUGACUAUUGGUAUCUCAUAACCUAGCUUGUUCAUUGUUUUAAAGGCACCUCUGAAUCAAAUAGGGUGAAACAUUGUUCAUAUUUAAAGUUGUAUAUUGUAUAUAUGCGUAUAAUUGUACAUAUUCUCCAUGUGCCAUAUAAACAAACAAACUGUGUAACAGUAUUUAUUCAUCAAAGCCAACUACAUGUGUGACAUCGACUUUUUCAAAGUUAUGUCAAUUAUGUGUUGACUGCAUAACUUUCAUUUUGCCAAAAAAUUGUAGAGAAUGGAUUUGUGGUGAUCUUCAUGAAAAAAUUGUAUUCAAGCAAUGUCAUUUUUUGAAUCACAAAGACUGAAUGACGUUGUAAACGUCAGUGUAUAUAUUACAGUGGAAGCUACUUUGAAAGAGUAAUAAAAGAGCAUCUCAAGAAAUUCA